UGGCUGGAGUCAGCCCAUCCAGAUCUUGGAGACUGCCUCAGCCCCCUCUCAAUGAUAAGUCCACAAAAAAAAUCAAACUCUUUCCUUUAUGAGAUGCUGGAUUUUCCACAAAGUAAAAUCAAGAUGAGUAAAGAUGUGGUUUCUAGAUAGUGCCCGACAAAGCGGAGACCAGGGUAUAAGGCGUCAUCUUGGGCCUAUAAAAACUGCUGCAAGAGGCCAAGGCCACAAACCACUCAGCUUAGGCCAGCUUGCGUGGCUGCUCCUCGCGCCUCCUGUCACUCUAGGCCCCAUGGCACUCUGGUUGACCGUGGUCAUUGCCCUCACCUGCCUUGGUGGCCUCGCCGCCCCGGGCCCCGUGCCUCACUCCAGAGCCCUCAAGGAGCUCAUUGAGGAGCUAGUCAACAUCACCAAGAACCAGGCAUCCCUCUGCAAUGGCAGCAUGGUGUGGAAAGUUAACAUGACAGCCGGCAAGUACUGUGCAGCCCUGGACUCUCUGACCAACGUCUCUGACUGCAGUGCCAUCGGAAAAACCCAGAGGCUAUUGAAAUUACUCUGCCCUGUCAAGGCCUCACCUGUGGAUUCCAGUGAGCGUAUCCGAGACACCAAAGUUGAAGUGACCCAGCUGAUAAAAGACCUGCUCAAGCAUUUAAGGGAAAUCUUUCGCCACGGAGAACUCAACUGA